AUGUCGUUUCUUCAGAAUUUCCAUCUGAGUCCAGGUCAGACUAUUCGUUCGACAAGGGGGUUUAAGUGGAAUACGCCGAAGCAGCAGGAGCAUGGCUUGAAUAAUGGACAGGUAGUUGGUGUUGGGCAGCAGCAGCAGCAGCAGAACGGGGGAGUGGGGGUUCCCGGGACGUUAUUGGGGGCGCAUGCAAUCACAUCUACUGUGGGUGAGGGCGGCGGGAACCAUCUAAGCCCGCUGUUUUCUACCCCCCAGAAGUCGACGAUGUCGCAGCCGAUUACCGACUUUAACUAUACUCCUUCUCACCAGAAGCCGUAUUUGGUGCAAUCGCCAGGGACUGUUGUUACGUCGCACAAAGAUAUCAAACAGAUAGUUGAGACUACUUUGGGGUCGGAGGGAGUGUUAAAUCAAGCAGUGAAGUUACCAAAGGGAGAGAAUAUCGAUGAAUGGAUUGCGGUGCAUUGUGUGGACUUCUACAACCAGAUCAACAUGCUCUAUGGGUCAAUUACUGAGUUCUGUUCCCCGCAGACAUGUCCCAGAAUGAUUGCGACUAAUGAGUACGAAUAUCUAUGGAAUGUGUGUCCAGCAAACCCACCGGUAUCUGUACCGGCUCCAAAAUAUGUAGAAUACCUAAUGAGUUGGUGCCAACAGCAAUUUGAUAAUGAGGAGUUGUUUCCUGCAAAGACAAGCGUUCCAUUCAAAAACGAAUUUAAUGAUAAAAUUACAAAGCCAAUUUUGAAGAGGCUUUUUAGAGUUUAUGCACAUAUUUACUGCCACCAUUUCAAUGAAAUAUUGGAGCUAAAUCUGCAGACGGUGCUCAAUACCAGUUUUAGACACUUUUGCCUAUUUUCAGAGGAGUUUCAUAUCUUGAAGCCGUCUGACUAUGGUCCCUUGCUGGAAUUGGUUGAAGAAUUUAAGGAAAGAUGA